CACACACACACACACACACGCAAUCGCAGAAAAAGGGUUGUGCCAUUCUGAACUUUUACCUCAUCCAUGUCAGGCCUGCGGCUGAGUGAGGACACCUGGAGGGGAGAGAAGAUACUGCAGUCCACCUUCAGCAGCAAAUUGCUCAACUUCGGUCAUGUUAGUGCCUUCACCUGCCCCACGGGUAUUGCUCCAGAUGCCCCCUCACCCUGGCUCAUCCCUUACGGCGCCCCCCUGCUGCUGUCCACGCCACGACGCUGCCCUCAGCAUCUGGAACGCCUGCCGCAUGUCAUCAGGUGCGUCAUCCCAUGUUUGAUCCCACAUGUGGCAGAGUGGCGAGCCGAGGCGGAGUCUCGCCGCAGGUCAGCUUUGGAACGCCACGCAGUGGCGAGUGUGGAGUGGGCCAAUGGCCUUAAGGGGGCGCUGCUGCUGUGGGGUUCGGCUCUGGACUGGCUUCCAGGCUUCAGGACGCACCUAGGUGGGCUUUCGUCUGCCUGUCUUGUGUGGUGUUACGUGGCGGCGAGCCACGCCCGGCGACUGGAUGCAACUGACCACCGGCUGGGCCGAUUCCUGUGCGUCACGGGUCGCACCGUGGAGAUGGACGUGGACACACUCCUCUCGCAGCAAUACUCAGGUGGCAGCCUGUCCUGGUGGGACCCAGUCUAUCCACGUAGAGCCUCUGCCAGCAAACACAGACCACACUUGUUGUCCUCAGGAGACGUGCUGCUCAGGGUACGAGUGUUGGCCUUCCGCUUUUGGCCUUAUGGCGACAUGGCAGCGGCCCUGCCGUCCAGCUUGGACGGCUCCACGCCUCGUGCCGCCAUUUCUGGGAUGCUGAGCGGCGAUGUGACCUACUUGGGGUGCAACCGGUGCGUCGCCGAACUGGACGUUGACGCCAACGGAAUUUAUGCCCCAUGCUACGUUUGCCUGCCCGUGGCCGCCAUCCGCAGGCCGGCUGUGCUGACGGUGAGCGAGCAGGGCUCCAGGCAGGCGAGUGUUCAGGUUCCCACUGUCGCCGCGCAGAAGAUUCGGGGCAUGCCGCCCGGCCAGCUGCUGAGGAACGCAGGGGAGAGCUGUUUUCUCCCUACGAACUCUUGACUCCGCUUUCAAUGUUGUCCGUCGGCUGCAGGCUCCGACGGCUAAACUGUUGAUGUGGCAGUGGAGAGGCUCCGCACACUCCUCUGCCUUCCCAGGAAAAACGUGGCCAUCUCCGUGCGCAGCCUCGUCUUGUGCGACAACAACGGUGCGGCCAUCAGUCAGGAGUUGGCGCUGCUCGAGCUGCUCUUAGUCCCGGACCUGUGAAAGCUCGGCUCGGUGCGUCUCGGAUCAGGUCGAAUGGCAUCUUUUGCCAAACAUUACUUAUAGCGAUGGAAAACAAGAAUAAUACAGCACCUUCAAUGCAAUUCAUCUGAUACAACUACCGUUUUUUUCCGUGUAUAGUGCGCAAAAUUUAACGAAUUUAUUGUCCUAAAAUCUGGGGUGCGCAUUAUACAUGGGUACAAAUUUUCUUUUAUUUUUUUAUUUUUUUUAUUUUAUUUAUUUUUUUUUUUUUAGAAAACAAAACCAACAACAGGACUGACCGACAAAGUCGUGGAACAAAAAGACAGGGUGACAUUACCAAAGACAGGAACAGAAAGCAAACAGACAUCAUGACAGUAACACAUGCAAUGAUCCGACGGUGAGCGAGGGGCAGACAGGACUUAAAUACAAAACACGUUACAUCGAUUGAGGUGACACAGGAAGAGAGGGGCGACGCGAACAGAAACUAUGGCAACCUAGACACAACCGAGACGUGACAAAUGUCCCUCGAAAUGAAACUUGAAAUCACCAAGUUUUGGUUUCCAAGGGUGUUUUUAUUCCUCUUCAACGUCUCUCCCAUGCAGAGCUGCCUUUUUCACGUCCGCACGCCUCGCACGGAGCGCGGUGGUGCGUUUAUGGGCAGUCGGAGAAAUCAACGCCAACAAAAAAAAUUACAUCCAGCCUAGUUAAGACCAUACCAAAGACUAUAAAAAUGGGACCCAUUGCCUCCCUGCGUGUGUGACGAUCAUUGGGACUUAAAAAAAAAAAAAAAGAAAAAAAAAAAAAAAUUCAUAAAAAAAAAUUCAUAAAAAUUGGGUGCGGAUUAUACAUGGGUACAGGCUUUUUUCCAGCAUCAGCAUGCCAUUUUUAGGGUGCGUAUUAUACAUGGGGGCGCACUAUACACGGAAAAAAACGGUACUCAAAAUGCACCCAGAAUAAGUGAAAACAUAGAUUGGACAGCUCUAAAAUGAGCCGAAAGACUGACGCUAAUGCUAUGAGAACAAGGGCAUCAUAGACACGCAAUAAUAUAAAAGUGAAAUACAGUUCAUUAUUUUUGUGUCAUUUCAAGCUUACUGCUUUACUGUAUCUGCCGUUUACAUAGAUUGAAGGAACUGAACCAUCAAAGUCUUUGGGUGAAAUCUUCUCUAUACUGACAAAACAUUUCUGAAACUCGUCCUUGAACAAUCAGGACUUUGCAGGACAGUGUAAUGAGUUGUGUGGAUCGAUGCAUCCAACAAUGGAACAUUUUGAUCUCUCCACUUUGGCAGCCCUGAGUUGUUUGGACUACAAAAGUCUCUCUGAGAAAUACGGAUGGUGGAUUUACGAAACUGUUUGGCCACACCCAUUACCUUACAUUACCUUGUUUGGUAGUUCCGCCCCAAAGGAUGUGACGUAAUGGAUAAAAAUACGAAACAGAAAAUGGAGAAAACACCUGGAGGGAUAGAGUACACUUUUCUACAAUCUUGGAGACUCCAAGUGCACAAUAAAAAGAAUAGAAAAACAAAAAGAGUGAAUUUUCCAUGACAUGUCACCAGGGGACAAAAAUUUGAAUGGACCCUUUAUCAUGUCAAAAAGAAGUUUUUGUAUUUGUCAUAUAGUUUGACAUGAAUCAGUUAGAAUUUUGCUCUUCCAAUUAAGGGAACCGUCCUCGGGCUUCCAAAAUUCCACAUCCUUGUGGGACGCUUACAAGUCUCCUUGCGUUUAUAUACAGCGAGGCUUGCCCCCAAAUUCAAACUAGACUGAGUCCUUCCUGUGGUUGAAUUGGGGUCCCGGCCAGUAGAUUGUGCUUAGCGUGCCAUCGCUGCCACCACAUAGAACCCCUAUGCCCGUAGCCCUCGUCUUUAUGCAGGACGGACGCAGGAGAUUGUGAUUGGAAUUCCAAUAGCAGGCAUGUGUGUUUGGAGCGGGGACUUGCCCAUGUAUGGCCAAGAUGCCGUCAAGCCCCGGCCUCGGCUAGCCACGAGUGAAGACGUUGGUGGCCUGCCUCGAUUGCUGCUCGCCAAAAGCUCUGGUCAAAGACUCCAGGCUGACUGAAUCAAUGGUUGAAUCAAUGUCGGCCUUAGCUCCCAGAUGCUGAUCCGGCCAGACCCCCCUUAUCUCCUGACUACCUCAAUCUCCUCUGCCUGGUGUUGGCCACGUGUUUUGGUGUGCCAGUUGCGACCCAGGACCGAGACUUGGGCACACGUUCACGAUCGUGCGCCUUUCGCUCGUCCUUCUCCUCGCUCCUGGGGCAAUUUUCAGGUGCGCUGUGGAUGCGCUCGCCUUGGAAAGGCCGUCACAAUGGACGGAGGAAAGUAUAAGCAAGCAACCAAAACGUGCAAACAUGAAGCCAGCGCCUUUAUCUGUGACGUUUGAUGUUUGCGCUCAUUUCGGAUUUCAUCGGCAGUCCGAAAGACAGUAACAAAAGGAAGGAAGUGCUGCUUGGCACCAUUUUUAAACAUCACAAAUCCCAAGCGGAAAGAAGCACAAAGCAUGUUUGCUUUUUCACUUUGUAUACACAACCGUCAUGUUUACAGGAAAAUUAGAACUAAACUGUCAACGGUUCAAGUUCUCCCUCUUACUGAAUAAUUGUUCGCGUUCAAAUCAAAUGGAAUCAAAUCACAGCUUCUGCAAUGGUGUGAAGUUCUUAACAAAAGACAGCUAGAGUAUUGAGGCGGAGGCUUCAAGCCAAGCCUCAAAGAUGCUUUUGAGCCACACCAAGUUACCAGUUAGCGUGGAGAGUGUCUUUUUGCUGAGCUAGCUGUAUCUGAGCACUCCUGUCUUCUUCCCACAAGGCGUUCGAACGUGUCUUGACCCUGUCGCCGAAAGUAAUGCCACGUACGCUAAAACAGAUCACUGACUCGAGACGCUAGCUUGAUUUGGUGAAAAUCAGGAUGAGCACAAGAUGUUGGGUGGGAA